GGGGCCCAUCGAUCAGCUCCGGCUCCGACAGCCUUCAGCCUGUCCCGCCUGCCGGCGAGGGUGGGCAACCGGGCAACCGCAGUUGCGGAAAAUGUGGAGCUACGAUCGUCUGGUGGGUGAGGCGGGUGGUGAAGUGGACGUGACUGUGGCUUUCACCAACGUUCGCGACUGCUUCCUUCACUUGCCACGGCGCCUCGUGGCCCAGCUGCACCUGCUGCAGAAUCAAGCUAUAGAAGUAGCCUGGGGUCACCAGCCUGCAUUCUUAAGCUGGGUGGAAGGCAGGCAUUUUAGUGAUCAAGGUGAAAAUGUGGCUGAAAUUAACCGACAAGUUGGUCAGAAACUUGGACUCUCAGAUGGGGAACAGGUGUUUCUCAAGCCGUGUUCCCAUGUGGUGUCUUGUCAACAAGUUGAGGUGGAACCCCUCUCAGCAGAUGACUGGGAGAUACUGGAGCUGCAUGCUACUUCCCUUGAACAGCACCUUCUAGAUCAAAUUCGAAUAGUUUUCCCAAAAGCCAUCUUUCCUGUUUGGGUUGAUCAGCACACUUACAUAUUUAUCCAGAUUGUUGCACUGAUACCAACUGCUACUUAUGGAAGGCUGGAAACAGACACCAAACUCCUUAUUCAGCCAAAGACCCGCCACGCCAAAGAGAACACAUUCUCAAAAGCAGACAAUACCCGUGGAAAAUUUCUGAAUUAUGGAAGAGACCAAAAAGAAUUAACAAAAGACCCUCAAACCAAGCAACUUCAGUCAAGUACUGCAGGAGUCACUGGGUCUAACGCAGCAGAUCCAGAAGUGUCACUUGACGCAGCAUCACUAUCAAGCUUAUGGACUAUGAUAGGAAGCAUUUUUUCUUUUGGGUCUGAGAAGAAACAAGAGACAUUCUGGGGUUCAACUGAAAUCAAUGCAUUCAAAAAUAUGCAGUCAAAAGUAGUUCCUGUAGACAAUAUUUUCAGAGUGUGCAAGUCGCAGCCUCCCAGUAUAUGUAACACAUCAGCAACUUCUGUGCUUCACAAACACUGUGCCAUUCAUGUAUUUCCAUGGGACCAGGAAUAUUUUGACAUGGAGCCCAGCUUUACUGUGACCUAUGGAAACCUAAUUAAGCUACUUUCUCCAAAGCAACAGCAAAGUAAAACAAAGCAAAAUGCCUUGUCAUCUGAAAAAGAGAAGCAGACGUCAGAACCACUAGAUCAAAAACAAACUGGCUCAGACCACAGUCAAGAAGCUGGGAAGGGCUGUGUGGUAAAGGUAGUCUGGAAUGGACUUGAGGAAUUGAAGAAUGCCAUAAAGUACACCAAAAACGUAGAAGCUCUCCAUCUGGGGAAAGUCUGGAUUCCAGAUGACCUGAGAAGGAGACUAAAUAUAGAGAUGCAUGCAGUAGUCAGAAUAACUCCAGUGGAAAUUACCCCUAAAAUCCCAAGAUCUCUAAAAUUACAACCUAGAGAAAACUUACCUGAAGACAUAAGUGAAGAGGACAUAAAAACUGUGUUCUCUUCAUGGCUGCAGCAGACUACAAGUACCACACUUCCUUUGAUAGUAUCAGAGGAAGAACACAUUAAGCUGGGAAUUAAAAAUGGGUUAAAGGAGUUUUCACUGAAUGUAGUUCAUUCUUGGGAAAAAGAAAAAGAAAAAAAUAUUUUCCUGUUGAGUACCAGUCUGCUGCAGAAGACCACAAUACAAGUCCUUCUAGAUCCUAUGGUAAAAGAAGAAAACAGUGAGGAAAUUGACUUUAUUCUUCCUUUUUUAAAGCUGAACUGCUUGGGGGGAGUGAGCUCCUUGGGCAUAUCCUCCAUGGAGCACAUCACGCACAGCCUCCUGGGACGCCCUCUGUCUCGGCAACUGAUGGCUCUUGUGGCAGGACUUAGGAAUGGAGCCCUUUUACUCACAGGAGGAAAGGGGAGUGGAAAAUCAACUUUAGCCAAGGCAAUCUGUAAGGAAGCCAUUGACAUUUUGGAUGCCCAUGUGGAGAUAGUUGACUGUAAAGCUUUACGAGGAAAAAGGCUUGAAAACAUACAAAAAACUCUAGAGGUGGCCUUCUCAGACGCAGUGUGGAGACAGCCUUCUGUUGUUCUGCUGGACGACCUUGAUCUCGUGGCAGGCCUGCCUUCUCUCCCAGAGCAUGAGCGUGGUCCUGAGGCUCUGCAGAGCCAGCGCCUCGCACAUGCUUUGAAUGAUAUGGUGAAAGAAUUUGUUUCCAUGGGAAGUUUGGUUGCACUGAUUGCCACAAGCCAGUCACAACAUUCUCUACAUCCUUCACUCGUUUCUGCUCAAGGAAUUCACAUAUUUCAGUGUGUCCAACAUAUUCAACCGCCUGAUCAGGGGCAAAGAUGUGAAAUUCUGUGUAAUGUAAUAAAAAAUAAACUGGACUGUGAUAUAAACAAGUUCACUGAUCUUGACCUGCAGCAUAUAGCUAAAAGAACUGAAGGGUUUGUGGCAAGAGAUUUCACAGUGCUUGUGGAUCGAGCCAUACAUUCACAUCUCUCUCAUCAGAGUAUAUCUACCAGGGAAGAAUUAGUUUUAACAACAUUGGACUUCCAAAAGGCUCUUCAAGGAUUUAUUCCUGCAUCUCUGCGAAAUGUCAGCCUGCAUAAACCUAGGGACCUGGGCUGGGAUAAGAUUGGUGGAUUACAUGAAGUUCAGCAGAUACUCAUGGAUACUAUCCAGUUACCAGCCAAGUAUCCAGAAUUAUUUGCAAACUUGCCCAUACGACAAAGAACAGGAAUACUGUUAUAUGGUCCUCCUGGAACAGGAAAAACCUUACUAGCUGGAGUUAUUGCAAGAGAGAGUGGAAUGAAUUUUAUUAGUGUCAAGGGGCCAGAGUUACUCAGCAAGUAUAUUGGAGCAAGUGAACAAGCUGUCCGAGAUACCUUUCUUAGAGCACAGGCUGCAAAGCCCUGCAUUCUUUUCUUUGAUGAAUUUGAAUCCAUUGCUCCUCGAAGAGGUCAUGAUAAUACAGGAGUUACAGAUCGUGUAGUUAACCAGUUGCUGACUCAGUUGGAUGGAGUAGAAGGCUUACAGGGUGUUUAUGUAUUGGCUGCUACUAGUCGCCCUGAUUUGAUUGACCCCGCCCUGCUUAGGCCUGGCCGACUAGAUAAAUGCGUGUACUGUCCUCCUCCUGAUCAGGUGUCACGUCUUGAAAUUUUAAAAGUUCUUAGUGACUCAGUCCCCCUGGCAGACGACGUGGACCUUCAGCACGUGGCCUCAGUAACUGACUCCUUUACGGGAGCUGAUCUGAAAGCCUUACUUUACAAUGCCCAGCUGGAGGCCACACACGGAAGGCUGCCCUCCUGGGGACUUCACGAUGGAAGUUCCAGCUCGGACAGUGACCUAAGCCUGUCUUCAAUGGUUUUCCUUAACCACAGCAGUGGCUCUGAUGAUUCAGCUGGAGAUGGAGAAUGUGGCUUAGAGCAGUCCCUUGUUUCUCUAGAGAUGUCCGAGAUACUUCCAGAUGAAUCAAAAUUCAAUAUGUAUCGGCUCUACUUUGGAAGCUCUUAUGAGUCAGAACUUGGAAAUGGAACCUCUUCUGAUUUGAGCUCACAGGGCCUGUCUGCACCCAGCUCCGUGGCUCAGGAUUUCCCUGGAGUCCCUGGGAAAGAUCCGUCGUUUUCCCGGCCCCCAGUGUUCAGAACAGCUUCACAAGAGGGACACCAGGAGCUGACACAGGAGCAAAGAGAUCGGCUGAGAGCAGACAUCAGUGUCAUCAAAGGCAGAUACCGGAGCCAAAGUGGAGAGGAUGACUCCCUUAACCAAACAGGACCAGUCAAAACCAGUCUGGCUAUUAGUCAGUUGCAUUUACUGACUGCGCUCAGUCACACCAGGCCAUCCAUUAGUGAAGAUGACUGGAAGAAUUUUGCUGAACUGUAUGAAAGCUUUCAAAAUCCAAAGAAGAGAAAAAAUCAAAGUGGAACAAUGUUUCGACCUGGACAGAAAGUAACCCUAGCAUAAAACAGACUUAUGGUUAUUUUGUUUUUUGUUUUUUGUUUUUUUGGUGGCUUGUCCCUAUAUUGCAACAGUAAAAAUGGUGUCUGUAAAUUCCUUUUUAAUUUGACACAUUGACUUACUGUAUAAAAUCACAGAUUGGUAAACAUGUGGUUCUGUAAUGAUCAGGAUUACUUGAGAUUCAUACUAUAUAACAAAUUGGGAUAUUUAUAACAGAUUCUGUAUUUUAUUUCCUAUAAAUCCAUAUUAAAUCCUUAAUGAAAUAAUAUUGGCCAAAUAGUAUAACAAAUAUUUUUCUCUUUUGAAGAAAAGAUAGAACUCACUGUCAGCAACAUACUCAACAUCUUGUCUUGACAAAUUUUAUGCUUAGCAACUUCUUGACUGUUUUGGAAAUAAAAUACUAUUUACUGA